UUCUUUUGUAAACAUUUUUAUAGAAAGAUGACGCCUCCAAAAUCUCAUUUUGUUGCUCUUCUCUUGAUCAUUUCUCUCAUCGUAAAUGUUCAAUCUACUCGGAUUAUGGAUGAUUCAGACGACGAUUGUAAAUACAGAGGACCAUGUCACAAGAGGGAAGAUUGUUUCCAAAGAUGUGGACUAAAAGCACCUUCUCAUGGUGCUUUGUGUGUAACUUCAGGAGUCAAUCUGGAACGUGUAUGUUGUUGUCUCUAUUAA